CGUGUCAGCCUGCAAACGUUGUAGCAACAACAGUGUCUCGAUGGCCUCGGAGCGUCAAGGACACCGUUCCAUUUCCUCGUGCAUCCUCCUCGUCGCGGCCGUCCUACUGCUCAGCGCUCCCAGGUCAUCUGCUAGUUGCUACAAGCGCAUCUUCGCCUUCGGCGACUCCAUCAUCGACACCGGCAACUUCGUGUACUCGACCGGCAGCGCUCCAAACGCGCUGAAGGAGUUCCCAUAUGGGAUGACCUUCUUCCACCACCCCACAGGCCGCGUCUGUGACGGGCGCGUCCUCCUUGAUUUCUACGCGCAAGCGCUGGGUCUGCCGCUGGUACAGCCAAGCUUGCCCGAGCAGAGAUGGGGACAAUGCACAUUCGGUGCCAACUUCGCGGUGUUUGCUGCCACGGCGCUUCCCCCGGAGUACUUCCAAAGACGGGGCCUUAGUAUUCCCGGGUCUGCCAACUUGGGCAUGCAGAUGGGCUGGUUCAAAGAAGUGGUGCAACGGAUAGCACCAGGGCCCGGUGCGAGGAGACUCCUGGGAGAGUCUCUCAUCAUAUUGGGCGAGAUCGGUGGCAACGACUACAACUUCUGGUUACUCAACAAUAAUAAAACUCGUGAAACAGCCUACCAGUUCAUCCCAGAUGUUGUCAACCGCAUCAUCAGUAUUGCCCAGGAGCUCAUCGACCUCGGCGCGAAGACGAUCAUGAUCCCGGGGAACUUCCCCAUCGGGUGCGUGCCCAAGUACCUGAACGACCACCAGACGGGCAACCGUGCAGACUACGACCAGUUCGGCUGCCUCAGAUGGUACAACGACUUCUCCAUGAGGCACAACACGGCGCUGUUCAACGAGGUCAACAGGCUCAGAGCGCGGCAUCCAUGGGUGAAGCUCAUCUACGCCGACUACUUCGGCGCCGCCAUGGAAAUCUUCAAGAACCCACACAGAUUUGGUAUCGGUGAUCCUCUGGUGGCAUGCUGCGGCGGCGGUGGCCGGUACCACGUCGGGACAUGCGACAAGCACUCCGCUAUUAUGGGUUCCCCGGCUAACUGCGCCAAUUGGGACGGCAUCCACAUGACUGAGAAGGCCUACAACGUCAUCGCCGAUGGUGUGUUGCAUGGGCCAUACGCGAACCCGGCGCUGUUGCAUUCUUGCUAGAGUUGUUGAUUGCUCGCUUUGUUCCCGUACUUGCAUCGGCCUGUUAACUGAAUGAAAGAAAUAAAAUAGUCAACUAAACAGUAUAGUAGUUUGUCUGGCUCA